AUGACAGGAACCCAGUCUCUGCCGCCCCCGGCCUUGCCGCAGCUCGUCGCGGAGCAGCACCACCCCAUCGCCUCGUCUGAUAAAGAUACGCGGAGACUGAUUGUAGUGCUUGCCAAUGCGAGCCUCGAAACCUACCGCGCCGCAUCCCAGGGAGGCUCGGCUAAUCGGAUGGGCGUCGCGCAUCGCGACGAGAAGUACUCACUUCUCAACAGCGACGAGCACAUCGGCGUCAUGCGGAAGAUGAACCGAGACAUAAGUGACGCACGACCCGACAUCACUCACCAGGCGCCGUCGUGUACUGAGACCUGGACGCAGUGCCUUUUGACCCUCCUCGACUCGCCUAUCAACAAAGCCGGCAAACUCCAGAUCUACAUUCUGACGGCGAAGGACGUCCUGAUCGAGGUCUCACCUACUGUCCGCAUCCCACGUACAUUCAAGCGCUUCGCCGGUCUCAUGGUGCAGCUGCUCCACCGCCUUUCCAUCCGAUCUACUAACUCGCAGGAAAAGCUCCUUCGUGUGAUUAAGAACCCCAUCACAGACCACCUCCCGCCAAACUGCCGCAAGGUGACGCUGAGCUUUGAUGCCGAGGUGCAACCUGUCCGCAGCUACAUCGACAGCCUGGAUCCCAAGGAGAGCAUUUGCGUGUUUGUCGGUGCCAUGGCCAAAGGGCCUGACAACUUUGCCGAUGCUUACGUUGACGACAAAAUUUCUAUCAGCAACUACAGCCUUUCCGCGAGUGUCGCAUGCAGCAAGUUCUGCCAUGCCGCCGAGGACUCGUGGGAUAUCAUAUAA